UAAAGAGCUAUUUCUCGAAUGGGUGUGUGGUGAAUAAUCUUACUGAUACACGAGCAAUCUUCGCUGUUCGAAUCGGCCUGGAAGAUGUCGGAGUACAUGCUAUACGCCACCGACAUUUCGGCAACGAAUUUGCCGAACGUCGAAAGAUUUGGAAAGAGCGAUCCACUCUGUGUUAUAGAGUUUCAAGGCACCAAGGGAAAAACUGAGGUGAUUGACGACGAGCUGAAUCCAGUAUGGAAAGAGAAAAUUGAGAUUGAUCUUCAAGGGAAGCCAUUAUCUUCAUCAGACAGUCUGACAAUCAAAGUGUUUGACCACGAGAAAAUUGGAUCAAAUAAACUUCUUGGACAGUGUACAGUGAAGUUGAAAGAUUGUGUAAAAGCAAAGACUCAACAAGUCACUCAGAAAUUGCAAGAUGCGAAAGGUCAACCCUCCGAGGCGCAAAUUAGCUGCAAGUUGAACUACAAAUGCCCGGAAGAAAAGCCUGCGCCGUCCGCUGGCGGUGGGUCAGCGGAGGAAGGCGAAGAAGAAGGUGACGAAGGCGACGAAGGGGAUGAGGGUGAUGAAGGUGAUGAAGGUGAAGGAGGUGAGCCUGGCGCUCCUGGGGCGAAAAGGAAACGAAGGAAAAAGAGAAAGAGAAAAGGUCACGAUUUGCCGAACAAGCCAACGGACUUCCAGAUUCGUAUCAAGGUGGUUGAAGGUCGUCAGUUAUCAGGCGGAAAUAUCAAUCCGGUUGUAAGAGUGACUGUCGGUGAUCAAGUAAAACAAACCAGAGUUAAAAAGUCGACGAACAGACCUUAUUACAAUCAGACAUUCUACUACAACUUUGGGAACAUUACACCGGACGAGCUCUUUGAUAAGAUCGUGAAAUUUGAGGUUUUUAACUCUCGAACGCUCAGAUCCGAUGCUUUGAUUGGAUUCUUCAAGUGCGAUGUUGGUCUGAUUUACGAAGGCAAAGAUCAUGCGUUGCUCAGAAAAUGGAUUCUUCUCACCCAACCAGAGCAACCAGAAGCCGAUGCUCAAGCGCCUCCGGACGAAGAAGGAACCAAACAGGAAACCACAUCGCUCGGCGGAUCUCCUGCUGGAUACGUCAAAACAUCGAUGGUCUGUAUUGCACCUGGACAAGAUCCUCCGUCUCUUGAUGAAAGCACAAAAGAUGACACAGCCGAAGACAUCGAGUCCAACCUACUGCAGCCUGCCGGAGUCCAAUUGCGACCAGCCGUGUUCAGACUGAAAAUCUUCCAUGCUGAAGAAUUACCACAAAUGGAUACAUCAAUUGGAGAAAGUGUUAAGAAGUUCUUUGGCUUUGGAAAGGAUGCAAAAAUGAUGGUGGAUCCGUACGCUAAAUUCUCAUUUGCUGGAAAAUCGGCACAAACGGACAUCGAGACGGAAACAGACAACCCAAUCUUUAACACAGUCUUGAGUGUCCCAUUCCAGUUCCCGUCAAUGUGUGAGAAAUUGAAAGUACAAUGUUAUGAUUGGGAUCGUAUAACGGGAGACGACAUCAUUGCGACAGCCUUCAUUCACAUGUCUGAAAUCUCUGGUCAAGGAGAGGAAGGUAGAAAUCAUCGGUUAUCAACGCUUGUACCUUUGUGUCUAGCAAUUAUGAUCGGGAUUUCACGGUCAAUAUACUUUGUUCCAGGGUUCCUUCCUGUUUACGGACCAUGUUUUCUCAACAUGUAUGGCUCUCUUCGUGAAUUCAGCGAACUUGGCGAUGAAUACGAAGAUUUGAACAAAGGAAUCGGUGAAGGUGUUUGUUAUCGUGGACGUGUUUUGGUUCAGCUUGAAACCCAGUUGGACGCUGAAAUCGAAGAUGAGGUGGCAGAGAUUCCUCAAGAAGAUGUCGCACUUGUUCAACCUUUCUUACGACGACGCAAAUACAAGCUUUAUGCUUGCUUUAUGGAAGCCACAAUGAUCGCCAUUGAUGACUCGCCUGUCGAGUUUGAAGUCAGCGUUGGAAACUACGGUAACAAGCUCGAUCGUUCUGUGGAACCAUCUUGUUCCACAACUCCACCAACCAAUCCUGUAUUCGAUGGCGAGUUUUAUUAUUAUCUGCCGUGGGGAAACGCGAAACCAUGUGUCAACGUUGAAUCCCAUUGGGAAGAUAUCGCGUUCCGUUUAAAUCCUUUGAACGCGCUAAAGAAAGUUGUGGCUAGAUUGGAAGCCAAUGUGGAGAAGGUUAAUAUCAGUGUCCAGUCGAAAGCACCAACAGCCGAAACUGCCACAAUUCUUAUCGCUUUGCUUGACCAACUCAUCAAAGAUUGCAACACUCCAUUACCUCAGUUUGAUCUGAGCAUGAUGGGUGUCACUCGAUUGGACAUGAAGAACCAAGAAAUCCGUAUUGAUGAAAUGGCUGCCAUCGCUGAAGAAGCAACAAAACUCCGAGAAUGUGCCACGGACGUACAAGAGGCUUUGAGUGAAAUACAAUCUUACCUUACACGUUUGAAGGACGUCGCUGUGGAGCCUCAAAACAGCAUGCCUGAUAUCGUUAUUUGGAUGAUAAGUGGAAGCGAUCGUGUCGCCUAUUACAGAAUUCCUGCCUACGAUUUGCUGUUUAACAACAAUCCAGAGUAUUCUGGACAGUUCUGUAAAAAAGUUCUUGAUCUUGAGCUGAAGUAUCCUGGCAAGAAAGGACGUAAUACAAAGGAUCAUCCCGAGUUACCUGCAUUGGUUCGUUGUAUCUUGUGGUUUGGCUUGGACUCUGACUCUCAGGAUUGGACGGGUGUUCACGAUGAAGGAUCAUUCACCGUUUUUGCCGAGACGUAUGAAAAUCAACAAAAUGUUCUCAGCAAAUGGACCAGCAAGGCUCUGAUGCGACCCAAGUUUUCUGACUCAAAAGGCGAUUUCAAACUACCAAAAGACAAAUUCAUUCCUCCGGAUGGAUGGGGCUGGGACGGAGACUGGUUCUUGAAUCCAGAACUCAGCACAAACGUUAGCAAAGAUGCUGGUCGCAAGGUCUUCCUCGAAGACACGUUUGAAUGUGAGGAUAGAAAUAUUCCUGGCGGAGCAUGGGCACCAGCCAAAGUUCCUUGGCAAGAAAUAAAUGGAGAUGCUUGUAUCGACUUACAAGGUGAAGCGAUCAAAUCGCGUGAACAACUCGGUGCUCCGAACGGCUGGGAAUGGACCCAAGAUUGGGUGGUUGACAGCAACAGAGCAGUGGACGAAAACGGUUGGGAAUACACCAUUGAUUCUUCGUGGACUGGUUUUGGUCCAGUGGAGAAAACGUAUCAUCUUUGUAGGAGAAGACGCUGGGUUCGUGAGAGAAAGUUGGUAACAGAUCUGCGAAAAGUUGAAGCAGAGAAGGCUCGUGCAGCUCAACUUGCUGCCGAGGGCUGGGAAUAUGCCAAAGUAUUCACUGCAAAAUUCCACGUCAAAGAACGAACUAUGGACUUGGUGCGAAGACGCCGUUGGCACAGAAAAUUGGUUCAGAAAAGCGACGUUGCUGCUGCUCCUGUUUUCAAGAUGGACGUUGGCGAUAAAGAAGAUGAAUCCGAAAACACGAUGAAUUCUCCGCGAAUGUUCCUGACUUACGAUAAACCUCAUCAGUAUCAGCUCCGCGUGUACAUCUAUCAAGCACGUGAUCUUGUUCCUUCGGACCAAGAUGGAUAUUCAGAUCCAUAUGUCAGAGUCGUCUUUGGCAACGUUUGUCAAACCACGGAGCCGUUGGAAAAGACUUUAUGCCCCACUUGGGACCAAACUCUGAUAUUCGAAAAUGUUGGCAUCCAUGGAUCUGUCCAGAGCGUUCUUGACAAUCCUCCGAAUAUUUUGAUGGAGAUCUUCGACGAGGAUAAAGUGGGUAAGGACGAGUUCCUUGGCCGCGCACGUGCUGAGCCCGUGGUUCGUGUGAACGGAAGUGAAGGCGGCGCAGCUCGUUUGGCCUGGUACACAGUUGAGAAGGAUGGCGGCUAUGCUGGAGAUAUUUUGGCUGCGUUUGAAUUAUUUUUGGACGAAGGCGCCGAACUGCCUUUCGCUCCACCAAUGCGCGGAGAUUUUUACCUUGUUCCGAAUGGAGUCAGACCUGUGUUACAAAGAACUGCUCUAGAGGUCAUGUGUUGGGGGUUAAGAAACAUGAAGAAAUAUCAGCUGACAAGCGUGUCAUCCCCAAGCAUCGACUUUGAAAUUGGCGACCAGAAAAUCACCUCCACUGUCAUUAAGAAUUUGAAACGAAAUCCAAACUUUGACCAGCCAUUGUUCUUCUUCGAUGUGUACCUUCCAAAAGAAGAGAUUUAUUCCCCUCCUUUGCGUAUCAAAGUUCGCGACCAUCGAACAUUUGGUCGAGCACCAGUGGUUGGAACUCAUUUGGUGAAGUCUUUGGCGCCGUUCCGUCGUGAAGUACCACAAGAGGACAACAACUCCGACAUCGUUCCUUCAGGUGACCAGGUCGAUGCCGCGCCAGCCACAGCUGUGGUUGAAAUGAAAGAAGAAGCAAAGGAUCCAAAGGAAGAUGAACAAAUCGAUUGGUGGUCUAAAUUCUACGCCUCAAUUGGCGACGAGGAGAGAGCAGGAGAAUACAACGACAAGGGAUACGACAAACUCACGGUGUACCCAGGACCUCUUGAGAGAGUUGAAGAAUUUGGAGGUCUCUGCGAUUUCCUUGACACCUUCUCAUUGGUCCGUGGAAAGAAGAAGAAACGGCCUGACGAUGAUGAUGAAGAAGUGGGAGAAUUUAAGGGAACGUUCCGCGUGUAUCCAUUACCUGCAGAUCCAAAUGAACCUUUGCCACCAAAAGCCAUUAGAAACUUACCUCCGUCUGAGCCUAUUGAAUGUAUUGUGAGAGCUUACAUUAUUCGAGCCAUUGAUUUACCACCUCAAGACAACAGUGGUCUGGCUGAUCCAUACAUAAUCAUUUCUCUUGGAAAACAGAAGUUUUCAAGCCGUGAUAACUAUGUUCCAAAUAGCUUGAACCCAGUCUUCGGCAGCAUGUUCGAAUUUACUGCCAAGAUCCCAGUGGAUAAAGAUCUCUCGAUUUCUGUGAUGGAUUACGAUCUGAUCAGCUCGGAUGAUCUUAUUGGUCAAACGACAAUUGAUUUGGAAAACCGUUUCCUAACCAAACAUCGUGCCAUCUGUGGAUUACCUGAAUCUUACUGCGAAACUGGUCCUAACAAAUGGCGUGACAUGCAGCUUCCCACGGAGAUCUUGGAUUCUUAUUGUGAAAAACGAAGUUUGGGGAAACCACGAUACAAUGGCGACACGAUAGUCAGAGUCGAUCACAAGGAUUACACCUUGGAAGAGUUUGAGGAUGGGAUUAUUCUGCAUCAACAUCUGGGAGCGACACGUGAACGCUUGGCUCUGCAUGUCCUCAACUCGUUUGGUGAAAUCGUGCCAGAGCACGUCGAGACAAGACCACUUCACACAGCCAUACAACCCGACAUGGAACAGGGUAAACUACAAUUGUUUGUUGAUGUUUUCCCCAAACACAUUGGUGCGCCAAAUGAACCCGUUGAUAUUGGACCUCGAGUUGCCUCUAAGUAUGAACUUCGUGUCAUCGUCUGGAACACAUCUGAUGUUUAUUUGGAAGAAAGUAAUCUUGUUGGUGAACAAAUGAGUGACAUUUAUGUAAAAUGUUGGAUAGCUGGAAUUGAAGAUAAAUUGAAGACGGAUACCCAUUAUCGAUCUUUGAACGGUGAAGGUAACUUCAACUGGCGUAUGUUGUUCCCAUUUGAUUAUCUCGAAGCUGAGAAGAUAAUGGUGGUAAAGAAGAAGCUUCAUUUCUGGAGUUUGGAUACGACUGAAGAGAGGCUCCCACCUCGUUUGGUUAUUCAGAUUUGGGACAACGACACAUUCAAUCCUGAUGAUUUCAUAGGUUCGGUUGAGCUCCCCUUGGAUCAAUUGCCGACGCCAUUUUCAAAACCAAAGAAGAUCAAGGACAUUAACUGUCUCGAAGGCAGAAAGACAACGUCUUUGUUUGAUGUGAAGCAAACGUUCGGUUGGUGGCCCGUAUUUGGCGAAAUUGAGACGAAAGGAAAGAAAGAGCCCGCUUUGAUGGGGAAGAUUGAGCUGACGAUGGAGUUACUGAAUGAACAAGAGACCCUGGAGAAGCCAACUGCCAAUGCAAGAGACGAACCAAACGCACAUCCCACAUUGUCUGAACCAAAUCGUCCAGCCACAUCCUUCUUCUUCCUUACAUCACCCUGGAAAUCGUUCAAGUUCAUCAUUUGGAAGAACUUCAAAUGGUAUAUCAUUGGCUUUAUUCUUCUACUCCUAUUGAUUGGUAUCAUCGUUCUCUUCCUCUAUGCAAUGCCUGGUUACACCGUUAAGAAGAUAUUCAAGGUCUAAACACAGUGGCGAAGAAGCCAGAACUAAAUAAUAAAGUUCGUAGUUAGUGAGUACCCUAGAAUUGAACAAUUUUAUGCUUUCAUUUUAACAAUUGUCUACCUCAGAAUGCAUGUUCGUCUAUAUAUUUAAAGGGAGUACGCUUGUCUUCAAAGAUGGAGCGGUGCAUUCCAUAUAGUGUUUGAUUUUUUUCUUUGAUAUAGAAUUAAUAAACAUUAACGUAUUGUGAUUUAGCAAGUUAAACUUUCUGGUUAUGCAAAAUUGAAUUAAAUUAAUAAUUGAUACUCUUA